GUAUCAUGUUCCCGUCUCUCUCGUCCCUCCCCUACCUGCUCUGCUUCCAACUGUUGUGCACCUGGUGGGCGUGGUCAGGCCAGGUCCCGCCCCUCCUCUUCAGGUGUGUUUCUGUGAUGUCACUGGUCUACUCCGCCUCCCACUUCCUGCUUGUCUACUUCUACCAGCUACCCCUGCUGCAGGAGGCGUGGCCUCCCAACCGCACCUCCGCCAGUGUUCUGGGGCUCCUCCCCCUGGUCUCGAUGGACUGUGUUGACCCCUGGAGGCUGACGGUGACCUCUGACCUCCACUGGUUCCACUUCAGCUCGCCCCUGAUGGUUCUGCUUCUCUACCACACGGUGGCGUCGCUCCGGAGGAACCAGCUGAUCGACUGUGGGCGGGGCUUAGAGAGGGCGGGGUCGGAGGUCGGUGGGAGCUGUGACAUCAUCACCACCACCAGCAACCUGAGCGAUGAUGUCAUCGGUGACAUCACAGCGGAGAAACGGCGAGAGAUGUGGAGACGAGCUCACCGGAGCAGAGACGUGCUGACAUCGUCCAAUCAGAGUCCCUCUGACUCUUUUGCCCCGCCCACCCAGAGCACAGCUCUCGGAUUAGAUAAUUACUCAACACCUCACUACUCCCUAAGCCAAUCAGACACGUUGGAGACCUGUGAGUUUGGUGCAGACGGCUGGGAGGAGCCUCAGAUGAGUCCGGGUGAGGUGGGCGGGGCCUGUCCAGGUGAGGGGGGCGGGGCCUGGAGCUUCCUGCUGCAGCAGAGCUACCUGUGUGCCCUGAUGGCCAUGAUGCUGUGGCCCGUCAGCUACGUGUCGUGGCUCACCUGUGUGCUGCUGCUCUGGUCCUGUCUGCUCUGGAUGCUGAAGGAGCGACGCCGUUACACUAUGAUGUCAUCGCCCUGGCUGGUCGCCUACGGCAACCUGCUGGUGCUGUUGCAGUACAUCUACAGCUUCCCCCCCGCACAGGAAGUGCCUGGGCUGUUCCCACGGAAACAAGAUCCCUGCAGGGAGCUGGCCUCAAAGCUGUUGUGUCUGCUGAGCUUCUGGCUGCUGCUGAGACAGGCUCUGACUGAGAAGAGAGACAGACAGGAGGACACACAGCUGUCUACCAUCACUGUCCACAUGGAGGACGAGGAGAAGGGUGAUACAGGUGAGGUCUCGUACGAGCAGGUGCUCCUGCAGAAGGGGGGGGUGACGAUGGAGGCUCUGGUUGCCGUGGUUACCCGGAUGUUCGUGAAGUACUGGAUCUACGUCUGUGGAACCAUGUUCUUCUUUGUGAGCUUCGAGGGGAAGAUCGUCCUCUACAAGGUCAUCUACAUGGUGCUGCUGCUGUGCUGCAGCACCCUCUACCAGUUGAACUACGAGCGUUGGCGUGCCAUGCUCAGGGGCUUCUGGGUAGCAGUGGUGGUUUAUUCCAUGCUGGUGCUGAUCCUGGUCUACACCUUCCAGUUCCCCACGUCCCCCCAGACCUGGAGCUACUACACCGGACUCAGUACUCACAGGUUGGAAGACAUCGGGCUGGAGAAGUUCUCUGUUCCGGUUCUCUUCACCAGGAUCUUCAUCCCGGCUGCCUUCCUGCUGGUGUGUAUCGUUCACUUGCAUUACUUCCACGAGCCCUUCCUGCAGCUCACAGACCUGAAGACUGUGGUGGACACACACAACAGCACCAUCACCAG